AUGUCUACACACGCUGACCUUCCCCGGUGGAACCGGUCGCUUCCGGACGAUAACUCCAUGCAUAAAUCCAAAGCUGGCUUUGCUCUGAAAAAUAUGAAACGUCGCCGCGGCAGAGACGACGAAAGUUAUGCUCAACCAAGGCAAAUGGCGGAAUUCCCGCGCAACAAACUCAAAAGCAUACAAGAGAGACGUAUAAAGAAAGCUAGAACACCAUCCAUCUCGGGCCAAGCCCUUCCGGUUGCCCGCUUGGUAGAAGUGAUGGACUACGACCAACUUAGAAAUGUUUUGGAGGUGGUCAUGGCACAGCACCCGGAGGUGGCUCUGACCAUCCAGAAGAGUGCCCCCAAGCCAUCUACAGAAGUGACCAUAGAGCUUAUCAAGCAUAAAUUCGCUGAGAUAAGCGGUCACUUGCCCUAUAAGUGUGAUGUUGAGAGUGACUAUUCGUAUAUCCGGGUGAAACCAUACCUCACGGAGUUUUUAAAUUGCAUUUCGGAUUUCAUUUUGAACCUCCUACCACCCAUGGAAUCGGUUUUUGCUACCAGUUGCUCUAUUUUAAACACCAUUACGACACUCAUACAUGAUCUACCAAAUUUCUCCAACAACGAAUACCAGUACACCCGCGAGAUAGCAUACCAACAAUUGGCCAAUCUGUGGCUUAUUUUAUUGUCGCGCAAUCACAAUGACGAAGAUGCCGAAGACAAGGCAUCGCAAGCCUCUCUGGAACAAACUUUGGAAUGGCUCAAAACUGUUGAGAGCAUGAAGCUACCCGAGCAAAUGGAGAAACACAACGAGCAAUCCAAUGGGAAAUUCACUGCGGUGGUUGAUUACAUACGAAACGAACUUGGUGAACAUGCUCCUCUAAAUAACAGUUGUUCUCCUGGUGCGGUAGCUCCUGCUGGUUCAAUUUUCAACGAUCUCAUCACCGUGGACUACCUGAACUACUCCAUUGCUACCAACACCUCGCGCUAG